CGGGGUGUCCGCCCGCCGGAGGAUGGUCCCGGCGCUGGGGCCGCCGCGCAGCGCGCCCGGCCCGACCGCUCUCUUCUCUGAAACCAUGCCAGAGAUGACAGAGAAUGAGACACCUACUAAGAAGCAGCAUCGAAAGAAAAACCGGGAGACACAUAAUGCAGUGGAGAGACAUCGAAAAAAGAAGAUUAAUGCUGGGAUAAACAGAAUUGGAGAGCUCAUUCCCUGCUCCCCAGCACUUAAACAGAGCAAGAACAUGAUCCUGGAUCAGGCCUUUAAGUACAUAACAGAAAUGAAAAGACAGAAUGAUGAACUUCUGUUAAAUGGAGGGAACAAUGAGCAGGCUGAAGAGAUAAAAAAACUCCGGAAACAGUUGGAUGAACUGCAAAAGGAAAACGGGAGAUACAUCGAGCUACUGAAAGCAAAUGAUAUUUGCUUAUAUGAUGACCCUACAAUCCACUGGAAAGGAAACCUCAAAAAUGCCAAGGUCUCAGUUGUUAUUCCCAGUGAUCAGGUUCAAAAGAACAUCAUUGUUUAUUCAAAUGGGACUCAGCCCAAUGGAAAUAACCAGGGAGCAUCUGUGCAGGGAAUAACGUUUAAUGUCGGUCAUAAUUUACAAAAGCAAACAGCAAACGUUGUGCCAGUUCAGAGAACUUGCAACCUAGUGACUCCUGUGACAAUUGCUGGUAUUUAUCCCACAGAAAAUAAACCAUGGUCACAGCCUACAGUUGCUCCACUGGCGUCUGCCCAGACAGCUCCAGCAGGGAAUGUUCUUGAGCUCUCCACCCCGGAGAACAAGCGAGGUGUGCCCAGCGCUGCUCCUGCCGGCUCACAGGGCACACCUAGGCCUGCAGCAGAGCAGGAACUACAGUGUUCUUCAAAUAACGUGCCACAGAAUGAGCAAAAUCCCCCCAAAAGUAAAAGUGAUGAGGAGGGCACUAAAUCAACAAAGAAAACGCUCCCGCAGGGAACCAGCCUUCCUUCCAGUGCCUCCGUGGAAGGCUCCCAAGGUCAGCAGGUGAAUGCAGCUUGCUCAAACACACACAAUUCCAGGAGCGACCUCCAGGAGAGCUGCACGGCUUCAACCACAGACACAGCUCGUGUGCCACCUGUGAGACCUGCAGAGAGCUGCUCUUCUGCAAAUGUCCCCAAAAGUACGGAUGUGGUCAGCAGUGCUGGCACGCCGGUGACAUCUGCGGCAGAAGGAGUUAAGGCUGUGACAGCAAUAAGCACUCUGGCUGCCAGUCCCCUGGAGAACUGCUGGUCUUUCUCAGGCUCUUCAGGUGUUGGCACUUCAGACUUGAAAAACAUGAGUAGCCUUACCCGGAUGCCUUCAGCUGGGAACACACAGACCACGUGGACGACCUUGCAGCUGGCAGGAAACACGGUUCAGCCGCUGAGCCAGACGCCAUCCGGGAUCAUGACUGCCCUCCUCAACGAGCCAGUCAAUGCUGCUGGCACUGUGGCUUCUGCCCACAGCAGGCCUUUGACUACAAGCAUCAGUUUGCAUGCUUCUCUGCCUGGGGAUGGCCAAGCAGCUGAACAGAUUGUAGUUACCUUGCCUUCGUGCCCCCCUGUACCUAUACAGCCUUUAAUCAGCCAGCCACAGGUUAAAGCUCAGGCUCCAGGAAACAUCCUUCCAUUAAACUCAGCUAUGCAGGUGAUUCAGAUGGCUCAGCCAGUCGCCUCAGCUGUGACAGGAGCACCAGCUAACCAGAAUGUCAUCAUUCUCCAGCCUCCAAACCCCGCUCCGUGCCCGCCCAUUGUGAGAGCAGAAGUUCCCAGCCAAAAUGUUAGUCAGCAAAUUGUAAUUAUACAAGCUGCAAAUCAGAAUCCUCUUCCCCUCCUCUCAGCUCAGCCUUCUGCUUCUGUAAGAGUUCCUGUGAAUGGGCCAACUGCAGUUGCCAACUCCAGUGGCACCAUGCAAAAUGCCUCUCUUCCACAGACUUUUGGAGGGAAACACCUUGUCCAUAUACUACCAAGGCCAUCUUCUUUGCCAUCUUCUAGCUCUACGCAGACAUUCUCAGUGACAAUGUCCAACCAACAGCACCCUCAGACUAUCUCAUUAAAUGGGCAGCUUUUUGCAUUGCAGCCUGUGAUGUCUUCAUCUGGAGCUUCAAACCAAGCCCCUAUGCAAAUUAUUCAGCCCACCACCAGCGAAGAUCCAAAUACCAAUGUUGCCCUCAACACAUUUGGUGCUUUAGCUAACCUCAAUCAAAGCAUAUCGCAAAUGGCUGGGCAGAGCUGCUUGCACUUGUCUCUCAGCCACCCCACCAAUCCUGCAACUGUCAAUAACCAGAUUGCCACAGUCAACUGUGUGUCAUUGCCAACUUCUGUGGCAUCUUCAGUGCCUGCAGAGGUUUCAGUAUUAACCAGUGCAUCUAAUUCCAUAAACGCUUCCCCACAAAAAGCAGCUGCUGGCUUGCCAUCCAGUGCAAAAUCAAAAAGGACAAACAAAAAGCCAAGCACAAAGAAACACCUAACAGUCAAUAAUAAAGUGUCUUGCCCAGCAGCUCCUUGCAAAGACGCAGGGAAGGUGGACUGUGCUCCUGUGGAAACGGCGGCAAAGCCCUCGAGUGGCAAAGGGCCGGCAGAAAGCGCCCCAGCGGCGUCACAGGCUGUAACCACAGUGCAGGCGGGCGGCGCGGCUGCAGCGAGCAGCAUCAGCAUCUCUGACUCUGCUUCCACAGAGGCUGCAAGCUCUGAACAGGCAGUGAAAACCCCCUGUGCCCCAGAGCCAAGCUCAGCAGAGGUGCCUGCUUCCUCACCACUGGAGUCUGUAGUGUCAGAGCAGCUGCUGCUCGCUCCCCCACCGGCCAAAGAUGCUGCUCCUCGCCAGCAGACGCAGGGAUCUCAGAGCCACCCACCACCUGCCUCUGUCCCAUCAGAGUCCCCCAAACCCUGCACACCCCCCAGCACCUUAACACCCUCUGGUAAAGAAGCACAGGUUACACACUUGCAGGUUGCAAAUGGGACUUCAGCAGCACAGAGCAGCACAGCAGGUCCUACUUCCAAGGCAGGAAUGAUUUCGGAGUCCUGCCACGUUGCGCAGGAUUCCUCAGUGGUAAUGCAAGAUGCGGACUUGUUAGAAGGACAGGGUCUAAGCAAAAUGCUGUCUGAUCUCACAAAAGAAAGAACAGCUGUGGAAAAAACCUCUUCAUUUACUGUUCAGGGGGAGCAUUCUAAUUUUCCUAUGGAAAGCUCUAAAUCAGCAGAAUCAAAUGCUGAUUUGCCUGAGAAGCAGGAACUCUUGCUGAUGAACACGGAAAGUGACACUCUCUCCCAGCCUCACUCCUGCAUCUCUGAUCAGGAAGUAGUCAGUGCUUCCCUUAUUACUAGCAGGCAGGCAGACUCGCCCAUGUCAACCAGCUCUGGCAGCAGUCGGGGCUUCUCAGUUGCAUCUAUGUUGCCAGAUACCACCAGAGAAGAUGUCACCAGCAGCACCUCUACCAGUACCUGUAACAGCUGCACAUUUUCAGAACAGACCGACAUUGUAGCUCUUGCAGCGAGAGCUAUUUUUGACCAGGAAAACCUUGAGAAAGGUGGAGGGGGAAUACAGGUUAACACGAGGGAUGUCAUCUCUAAGAAUGAGGUUGCACCUUUGGAGAGAGAGCAACAGCCUUUUAAACCUCAGUCAGUGAAAGAAAACAAUGCAGGGCCGUUGGAAGCGGCACCGAACAAAUUCAGUGCUCAUGAUACAGUACAGACAAAUGUUGAUAGGCAGGUUGAGAAGCCAAGCUGCUCUGUAGGAGGUGUGGAAACAUCGAACACUCCUUUGCAGAUUUCCACUUCCCAGACACCCAGCUUAACCAGUCUAAGCGUGAAUAAUCUGAUACACCAGAGCCGCAUUGUCCAUCCCCUGGUGAGUUGCUCAGGUUUAUCCCAGUCUUCAGAGCCUGCAAGCAUCCCUGCAACCGUGAGCCUCUCCCUUCCAUCUAGCACAUACAUCAAUCCGUCUCCAGGACCUGCUCUGAUGAGUGAAUAUGCUCAGGAACAGCUGAAUGCUAUCAGGGCAAGCAGCAUGCAGGCUCCCCAGCUGCAGGAAUCCCACUUAAAGCAGCAAACCCAUGAAGGUCGCAAAGACUCUGCCAAGAGGGCUGUUCAGGAUGACCUGCUGCUCUCUACAGCCAAGAGGCAGAAGCAGUGCCAGACAGCACCCAUAAGGCUGGAGGGGAUGGCGCUGAUGAACCGGACCCCAGAGGGUAUUGCUGAUCAAACACAGAUGCUGGUUAGUCAGAUUCCUCCUAAUUCAUCCAACUCAGUGGCUCCAGUGAGCAAUCAAGGGCACGCUGAUGGCCUCAAUAGGUUAUUCCCACCCAACAGCAAUUUCGUAACGCCGGCUUUGAGACAAACUGAAGUUCAGUGCGGUUCUCAGCCACCGCUCUCGGAGCAGCCAGGCCAGGCAGGGCAGCACUUGCAGCCCAUCCAACAUGUCCCUGCCCAAGGCAUCUCUCACCUUCACAGCAAUCACCCCUACUUGAAGCAGCAGCAGGCUGGGCAGUUAAGAGAGAGGCACCACUUGUACCAGCUGCAGCACCACGUCACUCACGGGGAAAACUCAGUCCACUCUCAGCCCCACGGCGUCCACCAGCAGCGGACAAUACAGCAGGAGGUGCAGAUGCAAAAGAAACGGAAUCUCAUCCAGGGAACACAAGCCACACAGCUUUCUCUACAGCAAAAACACCACGGAAGUGAUCAAACACGGCAGAAGGGUGGUCAGCCCCAUCCUCACCACCAACAAAUGCAGCAGCAGAUGCAGCAGCACUUUGGAGCGUCCCAGCCUGAAAAGAACUGUGAAAAUCCUGCAACAAGCAGAAACCACCAUAACCACCCUCAGAGCCAUAUCAAUCAGGAUAUUAUGCAUCAACAGCAACAGGAUGUUGGCAGCAGACAGCAAGGUUCCACUUCAGAACACGUGUCAGGGCACAAUCAGAUGCAAAGACUUAUGACCUCGAGGGGCUUAGAGCAGCAGAUGGUGUCCCAGGCCAGUAUCGUUUCCAGACCAUCAGAUAUGACAUGCACCCCUCACAGGCAGGAAAGAAACAGAGUUUCCAGCUACUCUGCUGAGGCUCUCAUUGGGAAGACGCCUUCUAAUUCCGAGCAGAGAAUAGGAAUAUCUCUUCAAGGCCCUAGGGUUUCUGACCAGCUUGAAAUGAGAAGCUAUCUUGAUGUUUCUAGAAGUAAAGGGUUGGCGAUUCACAAUAUGCAGGGCCGCUUGUCAGUCGAUCACACAGUCGGCUCGGAUGUGCAGCGUCUUUCUGACUGCCAGACAUUUAAGCCCUCUGCACCCACUCAACAACCAACGGGCAAUUUUGACGUACAGGCUUCAAGAAACAGUGAAAUUGGCAAUUCUGUGUCCUCCCUCCGGGGCAUGCAGUCACAAGCAUUCCGAAUCGGUCAGAAUGCUGCGCCAUCCAUAGAGAGGCAGAAGAGACUGCCCUACCCGCCAGUGCAGGGUAUUCCAACGGGGAAUACCCUGCCAUCGAGGGAAAACGAAAACACGUGCCACCAAAGUUUCAUGCAGAGUUUGCUCGCCCCUCACCUUGGAGAUCAAGUCAGUGGAAGCCAAAGAUCAAUCCCAGAACAUCAAAGGAACACGCAGUGUGGUGCCUCCUCCACAAUUGAGUACAACUGUCCCCCAGCACGGGAGAGCGUCCACAUCCGAAGGGAUGGUGAUGGCCAGAGCAGGGAAAGCUGUGACAUGUCCAUUGGGGCAAUUAACACAAGGAACAGUUCAUUGACUAUUCCCUUUUCGAGUUCUUCUUCCUCAGGGGACAUUCAGGGCCGCAAUACCAGCCCGAACAUCUCUGUGCAGAAGUCCAACCCCAUGAGGAUGACGGACAGUCACGGAACUAAGAACCACAUGAAUACACCCGUGUCCAGCAACAUGCAUGGAGUUGUGAGGCCAGCUCACCCUCACCCUGCAGUUUCUCAUGGAAAUGGCGAGCAAGGGCAGCCUUCUGUUCGUCAGCCAAAUUCUUCGGUCACUCAGCGCUCCCGGCAUCCUCUGCAAGACAAUGGGGGCUCUAAAAUACGUCAGCCCGAAAGGAAUCGAUCCGGAAAUCAGAGACAUGGAAAUGUCUUUGACCCCAGUCUUCCUCAUCUUCCUCUGUCUACCAGUGGCAGCAUGAUCCUCGGGCGCCAACAGUCCACCAUAGAAAAAAGGGGAAGCAUUGUCCGAUUUAUGUCUGAUGGCCCUCAAGUGUCCAACGAUAACGCGGCCCCUGACCAACAUACGCUCUCCCAGAAUUUUGGAUUCCCUUUUAUUCCAGAGGGUGGCAUGAAUCCACCAAUAAACGCUAACGCUUCUUUCAUCCCACCGGUCACCCAGCCUAGUGCCACUCGGACACCUGCUCUAAUCCCAGUAGAUCCUCAGAACACACUGCCCUCCUUCUAUCCACCCUACUCUCCUGCCCACCCCACCCUCUCCAAUGACAUUUCCAUCCCUUACUUUCCCAAUCAAAUGUUUCCCAACCCAAGCACGGAGAAGCCGAGCAGUGGAGGUUUAAACAAUCGAUUUGGAUCCAUUUUGUCUCCUCCCAGGCCUGUUGGUUUUGCUCAGCCAAGUUUUCCUUUGCUUCCAGAUAUGCCACCAAUGCACAUGACCAACACAUCGCACUUAUCCAAUUUUAACUUGACUUCUUUGUUUCCAGAAAUAGCCACAGCUCUUCCUCCAGAUGGCUCAGCGAUGUCACCUUUGCUUUCCAUUGCAAACACAUCUGCUUCAGAUUCUUCCAAGCAGCCCUCAAACCGCCCUGCCCACAAUAUAAGCCAUAUUUUAGGUCAUGACUGCAGCUCAGCUGUAUGAAAACUGGCAGACUGACUUCUGGUCUGAUUUGUUGUUUAUAUAUUUAAGAAGAAGGAAGCAGAUCUUAGCAUCACCCCUGGAGAGACCAUUCAU